UAUUUCUCCAGCUUUUAUUUUCCUUCUAUUUUUUAUUUUGUUUUUCUUUUUAAUUUCUCACUUUCUGUUUCUGUUUUUGUUUUCGCUGCUUGCAGAUGUCAGAUUUAGUAACCUGAAAAGCUCUUCCUCUUCAUCACCUGAAAGUGAGUGUGUUUGGACACUGAGGUUUUGGUAGAAGAAUCACGCGGACGCAGACGCAGGCGACGUGGAGAUGGCGGGGAAUCUCGUAGUGACGAUGUUUGAUAAUGAGCUGUUGGUGGUGCCGUCUGCGCUUGGUGAUGUUGAGCCGAUUCUCGGUGUGGCUAAAGAAGUUGAAUCGAGUAACCCGAGGGUUGCUUAUCGAUGCCGCUGUUAUGCCUAUCACAUAGCUCAGAGAUUGGAUCCCGCUUCUAGUGGACGAGGUGUUAGCCAGUUCCUAACGGCCAUGCUUCGAAGUCUCCAAAGAGAGAAUGAUCCAAUAUUAAUAGAAAGAUGGAAAAAUAGUGAUGUGCAUGAAAUAGAGAGAAUUUAUCAACAUUAUUACAAUGAAUAUAUCCAAGCAUUUCAAAAUGCCGCUGAUAAAGCUGACCGAUCCAGUGCACAGAUUACAAAGCUGUACCAAACUGCUAAAAUUCUUUUUGAGGUUUUAAGGUAUAUUAAUUGGAAAGAGACUAUGGAAGUCGAUUGUCAGAUUGUAGAACCGUUAUUUCCAGAAAGAAUACAGAUGUGUGUCCCGUACAAUAUCCUUCCUCUGGAUCCUGAUAGUGCAAAUCAAGCUAUUAUGAAAUAUCCUGAGAUUCAAGCAGCAGUUGUUGCCCUCCGUAACACUAGGGGUCUUAGAUGGCCCAAGAAACACAAUCAAAAGCAAGAUGAAGACAUUCUAGAUUGGCUUCAGGAGAAGUAUGGAUUUCAGAAGGAUAAUGUAGCUAAUCAGAGGGAGCACCUGAUCUUAUUACUUGCAAAUGUCCACAUAAGGCAGUUUCCAAAGUCUGAUGGACAACCCGAGUUGGAUGAUAGAGCUCUGAAGGAUGUGAUGAAGAAGCUCUUCAAGAACUAAAAAAAGGUGCAAAUACUUGGAUCGGA